UCAGUCUCAGAGUGGCUGCCGGUAGGUACGCAUCGCCUCUCUCUAUCCUCUCCAAGCCUUCUGUCACUCAACAAUGUCUCUCAGUAUCAGUCAGUUGUCGACGGUAUUUAGUGAUUAACAGUGAAUUAGUUCUCUUGUGUUUGUAAAAGAAAAGAAGAAAGCCAGGCUAGUUCGGCUCAACGUCUGUUGGAUUGCAAAUCGCAGACGUUAGAAUUUGAAGAAGAGGUUUUCAAGAAGCUUGGCCGUGGUAUUGCUGAACGGCCUGUUCUUCAAAACUUUGCAGCAAUGUUGUCCGGCUUCCCGAACCUGAUGAGCAUAAACAUGCCCCGUCUGUCAAUCGUGCCCGACAUACCACUGCCUAUGAUGCCCAUAGAACCUCUUCCGCCUCAAGGCAAUCAGGCAGCAAAUUUCGAAUGGGACCGCGAUCUUCAGGAAUGGGACUGGAGUACCGUAUCUGCAGGUCUAGACCUCGAAGUCCCACCGGAAGAAUUCUGGAAGAAAUUCGAAGAGCUUCCAGACCUGGGAGACAAUUUCGAAACCCUCUUCGCCGAAGUGAACGGUCUUGGGAACACCAGCCCCCCCUCGGGUUCUGCCAUGAGCGACGUCCUCAGAAAUCACGACUGCAUGUGGGCGGGAGUGUGCCAUUCGAAGGAGCACAAAUCGGAAGAGCCCCAGAAGGCCACAAGUUCACAGAGGGCACAACAGUCACCACAGUCCAAGGAAAAGAAGAAGACUGUCAUAGUACAGAUGAGCAGGUCUCUUCUGAUCAACAACCGCCCCCUCACGGACAACAUGCUCCUGAGGCCCGACACUCCCCAGUCCUCCGAAUCGGAAGACGAACCGGUCGCCAAAAAGACUGUCAGCCCCACGGAAGUGACAGGUCAGUACAGGAGGAUCCAGUCACUGUGCCCGUCGCCGGAAGUCACCUCGGUACACUUCGACCACAAUUACGGCAACAAGAAGUUGAGGACGGACGAACUAGGAGUACAAACACCAUCUGACUCAGAAGAGGAAGUAGAAGAAGUGGAAGAAGAGGAUGAAGAGGAAGAGGAACGUGAAAUUGGUGAAGAAGAAGAAGAAGAAGAAUGCGAUAACGAAGAUGAAGAGGUAGAUGUAGAAGAGAUAGACCCAGAAAGCCUUUCCUUAUUACUUAAAAACAACAACAACAACAAUAACAACACACAAGUCUCGCCGCCCUUGAGGACGACAGUCCGGACCAUAAGGACGCCCGCCAGGACACUCCUGGGACAGAGGAAUGCCCACACGCUUCCCAACAACCCCAGCAAGCAGAUGCAAGACCAGAUCCAGGACGAGAUGGCCUCAGCGAUCACGACGAGCAGCCUCAUCUCCGCUUCCAAGGCCGUCUCCAGGCGGCUCAACGGCGCCAUCAAGAGGAAAAGGACGACGACACCUGCCGCUCCAGCCCGCGGGCGGCGGAGAGCAGCCGCCCCCAAGAGGUCGCGCUUCUCCAACGGCUACCUCAUCGACACCGAGAAGAGGUCGCUCCACAACAACAUGGAGCGGCUGCGAAGAGUGGACCUGAGGAACGCCUUCGAGGACCUGAGGCAGCUGGUCCCCGCCACCGCCGACAGCCACAAAGCGGCCAAAGUGACCAUCCUCAAGGACGCCACCCACUACGUCCGCGAGCUCCACCUCAAGGACAGGAACUGCUCCGCGCAGCUCGCCGCCCUUAGGAGGGAGCAGGACAGGCUGAGGACCACCCUCUCCCAGCUCAGGAGGAUAUUCGCCUAUAAGAAUUCACAGCAAAUCCUUUAAUGUGAUUUUUUAAAUAAUUCAUUUAGUUAUUUAGUUAAUAUGGAAACGUGUUCAUUAGUUUUAUAGGCUCAGUUGUAUAUAUAUAUAUACAUAUAUAAUAUUUAUAUGCCAUAAAAUCCUUUUUUUUAUGUUACCAAGUUAUUAUUGAGGUAUUGAUUGG